AUGGCCAGUCGCUGGCUGCCGGAUGGAACGCCUCGCAAGCCGUCUUUUCCUGCACCAGUGCCGGCUCCGAGCCCGGCUCUGGCUCCAUUGCUGCUACCUAGGUGCCACUGCGCGCCUUUGGCCUCGGAGCCCCCGGCUUCUGCACCGUCAUUGGCGCCGAGGUUUCGUCCUCCGAGCUUUGUGGACUUGUCCGAGGUCUCUAAGGGUGGCUUUGCUCCGCUCCGCAGUGCAAGGGUGCUCCCAAACAUGAAGGAUUUUCCUCCCGCUCCGGCUCAUCCUUACAAGCCGGCUGCACCGGGCACUAUGUUGUCGGCUUGGCAGAAUGCCAAAAACGAGCAGCUUAAGGUCUGGCUGGCACUGGCAGCCACAGCUGCUGCUGCCUCUGCAAUGGUGGCCGAGCUCUUGCAGAGUCCAAAUUCUUCGGUACUUCUGGUGCGCCUGGUUCAGGGGAAUGCUCCGUCGACUCUCACCAACUACUUCGGACGUCCAAGUCUGCCCUUCCUGAAUGCGGUCAAGGAUGCGGUCGACUCUAAGCAGCUCUCCUGGAUUUCAUGGCGACUUCGAACGAGUGAGUCAGAUGAACAGGCUCUCACCGAGCGUCGUAAACCGCGCACGGACUCGCAGAUGCUACAGUCACUGCUCGGUCCGGUCUCGGAUGAACUUGUGGUGGAUGUCCCGCAGCACCUCCCCCUUGAGUCUGUGAUUCGUCGCUACCUUGACCGCAUGUCUUAUGCCCUCGCGGUUCUUGAUGCAUGCCACUUACUGACUCUGAAGAAACUCUCGGAGAAAUUUGUGAGCCUGGCGACGGCGAUUCCGAUUGACCGUUCCCUGCGAGGACCCACGCUGGCAGAGGCUAUGGAUGCCGAUCGUGUACUUUGGAGUGCCAUCUGCUCCUUGCAGAAGGAAUACGGCUGGUCUUUGCAGGAUUGUGUCUCUGAACUGACACAUGUACGAUCGGACCUUCACAACGCUUUGGCUCCGCGGCCGAAGGUGCAUCAGGGUGGAGGUGAGCCUCGCGGCAAACGCCAGCGCACUGAACCGCCGCCCGCUCCGCAUCCAAAUCCUCGAGCCAAAGCCAAGAGCAAGGCCAAGCCACGCAAGAGUGGGGAUGCGGGUCCCUCCAAAGAUCGCGUCUCCAUCAGCAACUGGCCGAGCAAUUGGGCUCGCCAGAUCGGCGGGGUCGGUGCGUGUAUCCGCUAUCACACGGCAGCGGUGGAGGAUGGCAUGGACCUUGAUCCCCCGCCUGAUUUUGCCCCUGUGGUCUCUGGGACUUCUCAGUCUGAUGCUGAGUCCUUUGCAGAUUCAAUUUUGUCCGGAUCAGUGGCCUUAUCGUGUAAAAGCGUUGAGAGGCUCGCUGACCUUUUGCUGCAAGAAGCACCUGACCUUGACGAUCGGUUCUCUAGUGGGGCUUCUGUCUCGGCUGGUCUUUACCAUCGGAUCAAGGUUGGCCUGCGCAAGGUAUGCGGGUCACACCCUGCAUCGGUGCGAGUUCUGAAUUCGCUCAUUUCUUCAAUGUCACCUGGGUUUUUCCAUUCAUCUUUUGUCUUGAUCGACGGCAUUGCUUCAGAGGCGCACUGUGAUACAGCCAACUCGGACCUGCCCAAUGUGGUCAUUCCCAUCUCUUGUUUCUCCGGUGGUGAGUUGCGGGUUGCGCACCCCUCCGGGGCUGAUGUGAUGAUACAUGAUGGCGUCAAGCACCCGGCUGUCUCUCUGCCUGUGUGUCGCGGCCCGGUGAUCUUCACUGCAUCGUCUUGCCUUCAUGAAGUCCUGCCCUUUGAAGGCCGCCGUCUGGUUCUAGUGGGUUAUACACUUCGAGCUUGUGAGUCGCUUGCUGCCGAUUCUUCCGCCCGCCUUUCCUCCCUUGGGUUUAGGCCUCCUUCCCCUUCGGUUGUGAAUGGUGCUUUGCCCAUUGCCCCUCGUGCUCUUGCACUCACUGAGGAGCAGCGGGAAUUGCUCCCACGGCCAAAUUCUGUCAGUGCGGUCGGUUCUGGCCACCAACUCCGGACAGGGAUUUGCCCUGACUUGCCCCAAUUGCCCGAUUCCGACUUUAUCUGCGCCUGCAAUUCGGGGCGUUUCUUUCUGGAUAUCUGCUCCGGGGCCGGUGCUCCUGUCAGCGCGGCCAUGCAAGCCUUGGGCAAGGACUGCUUCCAACCUGUUGACAUCAUUCAUUGCCAGGAUUUCGACCUUCUGGAGGAUGAAUUUUUCGCUCAACUCCUGGCGCUCUGCUCCAGCGGCGUGGUGGGAGCGGCCAUUGCAUCUCCGCCCUGCGGGGAAUUCAGCCUUCUCAAACUUCGACCGGGCGGACCACCCCCGUGCCGCACACCGGAGGAGCCGCUCGGGUGUAUUUCCAACGAUUGGCAUCAAUCUAUGGUGGCUCAGAACAGUGCUCUACUUCAUGAUCGAUGUCGGGAGCUUCUCUCCAGUGUCGCGGCUCUGGGAGGCUGCAUUGUUUUUGAGCAGCCGCCAUCCUCCAUGACUUUUUUGACAGAGACAAUGCAACAGUGGAUUUCCAACACACUUUCAUUCGGUGCCCAAGUUGCAGCCUGUCAUCACGGCAUGGAUGUGUCCAAGCGCUGGCUCUUCUUGUCCAACAGGCCGGACAUACUCGACCUCGCGUCUGAGUGCCAUCAUGGAUCCCGGGCGCACAAAGCUGUGUGGGGGAUUCGAGCAGAUGAUGGAAGUUUCCUUAGCCGAAUGACGGCUGCGUACCCGGAAUCGCUGGCGGCCGCUUUGGCUGCGCUGCUGGGAAGGUACACUUCAUCUCAGGGCAGGCUGCUUCCAUGUGCAGAGUGGCGCUCUGUUCUCCCCCUGGACCCGGUUUGGCCUCAGCUGGGUCGCCGCAUUGAGGAUGGGGCAGGUGUCAAUAGUACAGCGUGCUGGAUUACUCCCCAAGCCGAUGACCACCUUGCAGGCCUUCGCAAGAAGUGGACGCAGCGUCUGGUCGACAGUCGUCUCUGCCUCCGCAUCUGUUCCACGUUGCGAGCUGGUACGGAUUGUCCACCAAUCAGCGCGGAGGAGCUUCAGCCCUUUCUCGAUGACCUAUGUUGUUUUUGUGAGGUCCCUGCAACAGAGGUCGAGAAUUUUCUGUCGAUUCAACCGGGACAGCCUUUCCGCUUGAACGUCCUGGAGAAGCUGCUGGCUGUUACUAAAGACCCUGAAUCGGAUCUAUGCCAGCAUCUCCGGAAAGGUGUGCGCAUUGGUGUGGACCACGAACUGCAGCCCUCACCUCAUUGGCCACUUCGCACUGCAGAUCCGAUUAUGUCGGACCUCGUGAUUUGCGAAGGUUCUUGGAAAAGUGCCUCCGACCACCCGGAUCAGGUCCGGGAGCUCCUGGCCCAGGAAAUCGCUGAAGGCUGGAUAGUGGAGAGACCUUCGGUUCAAUACCUGCAUGAUCACUUCCCGGCGGUGGCUAUCGGCAAACUUGGACUGGUUCUGGCUGAAGGCAGGUCGCCUCGACUCACGGUCGACAGCUCGAUUAGUGGUGUCACGGCCGCUUGUCAGAUUCCAAAUCACAUGCUGCUGCCACGCAUAUCUGACGUUGAGGAUUGCGCUCCCUCCUGCCUAGGCCGCCAACCUUGGAUCACGGUUUCUUUGGAUGUGCGCAAGGCUCACCGCAUGGUCAUGGUGGAACACUGGACGCGUCUUACGUCCAGCACCCUUAAUUUCGGGGCCAGAGCAUCCGCUUUUUGGUGGGCCAGAGUUGGUGGAGCCCUGCUUCGUCUGUCGCACGCAGCGAUCUGGCUUUCACAUCUGCUUUGGGGCUAUGUGGACGAUUUUUUGGGAGGUUUUCGCGGCGAUGUGGCUCCGAUCUCUGCCUCCAUUUGGAUUCUCUUGCUCUUAGCACUGGGAGUACCACUUUCUUGGCCAAAGUGUGUCUGGUCGUCGGAGUGCAUUUGGAUUGGAUGGUCCAUCAAUCUUGAAAGCUGGGUUUGCGAGCUCCCGUCUGCAAAAAUUUCCAAAAUUCUUGAUCAAAUCGCUGAGCUACUUUCUGCUGGGGACAAGGUCAAGUUCAAAACUUUGGAAUCACUCAUUGGACGCCUCUUGUGGGUUACAGGCUUGUGGACGGUGCUUCGGCCUCUGCUGUCCCCGUUAUAUGCAGCUCUGCAGCGCUUGCCAGCUUCCUCGGUUGGUGUCAGCCCUGAGCUGUGGGCUGCGAUCAAGCGCAACAUUGCGGAGGAUUGUGUGCUGACCCGCUCGGUUGGGCAUCCGUCCUUCCAUAAAGGUGCUUGCAUCACUCGUGCGGUCAAUACGUUUGUGUCUUGCAAGCAGGAUCUUGAUCAGGUGCCAUUCAGGAAGCGCCGAUUGUGGGUCGAGGUUAAGGAUCCUGGGCAUCCGCUGCGAGUCCUCGGGGAUGUCGGCAGGUCAAGCCUAAUUGCGUGGCGUGCCAUCUUCCAGGGAACCCCAUUCUUGAAGGCGCUUCGCAGCCCGCUCCCGCUGAAGGUCAUCGCGGAGGCGGAUGCCUUUGCCGAUGCGGAGGUGUCUGGGUUAGGAGGCUACGCCAUGUGGCCCAGUGGUCGCACUGUCUGGUUUUCCAUUAGAAAAGACAGUCAGGAGUGGGCUGCUCUCACUUCGUGGUUCCCUCCGCCCCUCCAGGCUCAUAUUUCGGCGUUGGAACUCCUGGCUCAAUUACUGCUGCUUUGGUGUGUCUUCGCCACUCUGCCUUCCAAUCGGGGACUCUGUCGGGCUUGCCUUCGUUCGGACAACUCCGGUGCAGAGAUUGUCAAGAAGUUCCUUGCUUUUCAGGCGUGGUCUGGUGUACACGCUGAGGUCGAGCAUGUACCUGGGUAUCGCAAUGAACUUGCAGAUGCGCUCAGCAGGCUUACGCCGAAUGACAUUGCACCAUUGUCCCUGGGUGACCGGGUGCAUCCGCCUUUGCAAUGGCUUCUUGAGCAGCGGCUCUUUCUUGAACCCGCUCGGGCCGCGUGGCCGCCUCCCUUCAAGACUUGGAUGAGUAGUCCCUGA